CUGAUAUCAAUCCUAAGUUCCAAAUACUAAUACCAUCUCCAUAUAUCUCAAACGACUAAGACAUCAAUCAAUAUGGGAUUCACAGUGACAAGACAAUCCGAGUCCUUGGUGAAGCCAAGCGAACCGACGCCUUCUGAAACCCUAGAACUCUCGGCCAUAGACCGUAACCCCGGGCUAAGGCACCAAGUCCGGUCGCUGCACGUGUUCAGGCACGGGCAAAAACCGGCCAAGGUCAUAAGAGAUGCCUUGGCCAAGGCUCUUGUGCCGUACUAUCCUCUAGCAGGGAGAUUUGCGGUGUCGCAUCAAGGGGAGGUCGUGGUCGAGUGCGCCGGUCAAGGGGCUUGGUUUGUUGAGGCAACGGCCAACUGUAGUCUUGAGGAUGUCAAAUAUUUUGAUCAUCCUCUAUUGAUCUCUGAGGGUGAGCUUUUGCCUAAUCCUCCGGUGGAGGGUGAAGUGCUUGAUGUCCCUUUUAUGAUGCAGGUAACUGAAUUCACGUGCAGCGGCUUCGGUGGCACGCGCUCGAACCCUUCGCAAAAAUAG